CUCUUACACCACGCACGCAACACACGCGUACGCGGGGAGUAUUGACCAUGAUGCUACGCUAUAGCUUCGAAUCAUAUACCGUAUUGCAGAAUGUGCGGGAGGGAUUACGCCUUCGAGCCCGAUUCCGCCCCACGAGGCAUACCUCCCACGCGAUGGAUCGCCUGCCCUUGCUGCUCGUCCUCGUCAUCUGGCACCUCGGGCGGGCACUGGCCGGCCCGUGCAGCGAGUUCCCGAAGCAGGAGAAGGCGAACGGCGAAGACGGCGAAAAGCAGACCGCGAGACCGCUACGAAGCACGGAGAGCUGGUUGGGGCUACGAAUGUCCUCGACGUCAACCUCGGAAGCGAUCCAUACAGGGCGAGGGAACCGUGACGGCCUUGGUCCCCCGCGAUGGUCUAGACGGACGGGCUCGCCUAUCCGACACUCCCGCGGGAGGACAAUCAACGUGUUACGCCUUUCUCGCUUGGUCCUCCCCCUAGGGGAGCAUGGGGGAAAAAAAAUUUCUCUAUCAUGGAGUAGCACAGACGCGAUGUGUCUAGAUCAAGGGAGGCAAGUGAGAAGAAAAAAGGGGGGGUCGGAAGGGGGGGUAGACCCCCCGUCCGGAAUAGGUAGCUGGGCUAGAGAGGAUGGCGAGAGAGAGACCACGGACUACGCAAGAUAUCUGUCGAAUUGCGGGCUCGGAUGUCGACUUUCCUCUAUAAUUAUCCGUCUCUUUUUUUGCACAGGGUCGGUGCCUGUCAGUAUCUUGUACGACCACACGGAGCUCGUGGAUCACGAUGUCGAAGGCCUGGUCGCUGGGCUAAGGCUGCGACUGCGGCUGCUAGGUCCAUGCCGUGAUUCUAGGCCGCCUCGACACGGAGAAAUAGGAAGCUCCCUGCAGCCAGUCGAACGUUGGUGGCGACGUCGCCCGGCGUGGCAGAGGCGGCACACUGGAUGAGGCAUACCAGGCUUGUCCUGGUCGAUCGAUCGCCUGCGUCGUGGAAAUUCCCCGGAGGCGCGGCUGGGGGGACUGGCUGGUGCCUGCCG